UUUGUGGUGUUCGCUUCAUCAUAACUUUGUGUUAGUAUUUUCAUACACGAGUUUUGAGUGCCACUGAAAAAGGGUUCUAUUCUCUGUCGUUCCGAAUCGAAAUCGAAAAUUUUAAUUUUAGCUAGAUUUAUUUACUGGCCUUUUUUAGAAGAAAACCAAAAAUCACGAACGAAGUUUGUCAAAAAGAUACAAAAAAAAAUCAAUUCGAAAUUAAAGAAAUUAGUGAAAUUUAACGAAAUUAAAACAACGCAAAGAUAAUUUUAUCGAAUUUUGCACAUUUUCAACGAGGACAGUUUUAUUCAAAAGCCGAAUAAAAUGGGAAAUAUUCAUACUGUUGGGCCAAAUGAGGCGCUCAUUGUUUCAGGUGGUUGCUGUGGAUCGACACGAAAGAGAACGAUUGUCGGUGGAUGGGCAUGGGCAUGGUGGUUGGUGACCGAUGUUCAGAGAUUAAACCUUGAAGUGAUGACACUGAAUCCGAUGUGCGAGGGAGUCGAAACAGCACAAGGUGUUCCAUUGACCGUUACUGGCGUUGCUCAAUGCAAAAUCAUGAAGAUGAUGAACGUUUAUUAUUUCCAUCAUCAGGCCGACGAACUGCUUGGCACCGCCAGUGAACAAUUCUUGGGAAAAUCGGUAAAGGAAAUCAAGCAAACUAUCUUACAAACCCUCGAAGGUCAUUUGCGAGCUAUUCUUGGAACUCUUACAGUCGAAGAGGUUUACAAAGACCGCGACCAAUUCGCUGCAUUGGUACGCGAAGUAGCAGCCCCUGAUGUCGGUCGCAUGGGCAUCGAGAUUCUUUCAUUUACAAUCAAAGACGUUUACGAUGAUGUCCAGUACUUGGCAUCGUUGGGUAAGGCACAAACGGCCAGCGUUAAGCGUGAUGCUGAUACUGGUGUUGCUGAAGCCAAUCGUGAUGCCGGUAUUCGUGAAGCCGAAUGUGAAAAGAGUGCUAUGGACGUAAAAUACUCGACCGAUACAAAGAUUGAAGACAAUUCUCGCAUGUUUAAAUUACAAAAGGCACACUUUGAUCAAGAAAUCAAUACUGCGAAAGCCGAAUCGCAACUUGCGUAUGAGUUACAAGCAGCUAAAAUCAAACAGAAAAUUAGAAACGAAGAAAUCCAAAUUGACAUUGUUGAACGUCGUAAGCAAAUUGAAAUCGAAUCGCAAGAAGUUGAGCGUAAGGAUCGUGAACUUAAGGCAACGGUUAAAUUGCCAGCCGAUGCUGAAAACUAUCGUGUGCAACAGAUUGCCGAAGGAAAGCGUACACAAACUAUUCAAUCGGCCACCGCCGAAGCUGAACGUAUCAAAAAAAUUGGUAUGGCCGAAGCUUCGGCUAUUGAAUUGGUGGGUAAAGCCGAGGCCGAAAAAAUGCGCAUGAAGGCCACCGUUUACAAGCAAUAUGGUGACGCUGCUAUUAUGAACAUUGUAUUGGAAUCAUUACCAAAGAUUGCCGCUGAAAUUGCAGCUCCAUUGGCCAAGACAGAAGAAAUCGUUCUGAUCGGUGGCAGCGAUCAGUGUACGGGCGAUGUUACCCGUUUAGUUGGACAACUUCCACCAGCAAUCAAUGCUUUAACUGGAGUUGAUUUGUCGAAGGUCUUAGGAAAAAUUCCCGGCGCCAAAGCAUAAUCAAUGAUAUUGCAUUCUCAACACUAGAUUGCGACAAAUUCUAAAACAAUCAAAAAAUGAAAACCAAACGAAAACAGAUCAACACUUGGAACAUGCCAAUAAUAAAACCACUAACAAAUCACGUGUUGGAUGGAGAAAUAUUCAAAAUACUUGAGAUAUUUAGCUGGUUUUUAUUCUGGCAUAGUAUGAAAAAAAUGAAGAAAUCUAUUGUUAAGUUAUUUUAAAGCAGUUAGCAACAGCAGCAAAUGUCUUUUGUUUUCCACUCUUUUUUGUCAUUAUAAAAUUAAUAGAAAAAAAUUUCUGACGUAUGCAUAGUUCGCGAAUAGGGUGCAUAAGCUAUUUUAAAAUGAAUAUUAUUUGUAAUCAUCAAAAAAAAAGUAUAUUGAAGUAAAAUUGUAGAUUUGAGUGAUUCAGGUGUUCAUUAUCUUGAAUUACUCUAUUUCGAGCUUUAACACGCGCUACAAUAGCUUCUAGAUGUUUUCCGUAUUUUGUUCCAUCUUUGGAAUAUUUAUUUUUCUCACUUAUGAUUUUUGUGAAUAAAAUUUUCGUUUUUUUUUUUUGUUGGUGAUUGUCACAAGAGCACAUUAAGAAAAUCGUAAUAAAUGAAAAGUUGACACGCAUUCAGUUGGUCGGGACUAGCGAUUCUUCAAUUUGUGAAUUAUAAACAUUCCUGAUUAUUAUUCAAAAUGUCUACCUCAAUGUAACAGAAACAAAACGAAACAUACACAAAAAAUAUCUUAUAUUUCAUUUGAGACUAGAAAUUCAUUCAAUAAAUAGUUGUCUUACAUUUAUAUAUCUGAUCAUAUCCAUCUGUAAAAAAUAAACAAAACAAUUAAUCAAAGACUUUUGCCAAAAAACUUAUUCUUCUUCACAACUAUGCUCGUAGAAAAGUGUCUCACAUAAGAAUUCAUACUAAUUUUUCUUCUUAAUUGUCCCACCAUUCUAUCUUUUCAUCUAAAUCACUGCCAUUUUGGAUAACAUGAAAAUGUUUUCAUGAUUUUGAAACAAAAAAAAAAAAAUUGUAGUAAAGUCUUGAUAUACGCGACCAAACAGUACUUCCAUCCAGUAAAGUAGUAUUUUCACAGGGCAUAACAGAUAGAAAUCGCUGAAUAGGAUGACAACUCAUGCAUCUUAGAUAACAGAGAGUUGCACAAUAUCACAUUUUCUCUUUUCUAAGUUUUCAUUUGAAGCUAUUCGAUUUCCCAUGAAAAAGUGAUUUAUUAUUUUAUUUCGAAAAAAAAAUUGGCAACAAAUAUUUGAAAAUAAUGUGUUCUAAUACGACACCUUGAAGUACGCCCACCAAAAUUAAAACAAAA